AUGGCAAGAACUAACAAAUGGACCGUUCACGAAUCAAAGGCUGACCCAAAGUACUUCUCAAGAAAUGGUAACUACGGUGAAGACCCAAACAAUGUGAAGAAGAAUGGCUCAGGUAAGGGCAACUGGGGUAAGCCAGGUGAUGAAAUCAACGAUUUGAUCGAUUCUGGUGAAAUCCCACCUGUCUUCAAUAAACCAAGAAGAGGCUCAAACACCCAAUCUAAUGAAAAAAAGUUAUUUAACUUGCAAAAUGUUCAUGAUUAA